UAUGCUCACAGAAAAGUCAGACACAACUUUAGAGGUCGGAGAAGUAUUUCUCAGCUCAUACAAGCUGGGACUUGAAGUUCAAGUGUUCAGAAAACGUUUUUUUAAACUGAGGAAAAAACACACAGAUGGACGUCUAUAGCUCCUCGCUGGUGUUCGAAAAGGUGGCGGCUGCCAAAGGAAAAGAUAAGUUUGUUAUUCAGUGCAUAGAGUGGUCCUGUGACAACUUGUACAUCGGGAGUAAAGAUGGAGUCCUGCAGCUUUUCGCACCGAGUUCGAGGAACGGAAUGGGAGAUCAUCCGACGCUGCGAGAGGUAAGAAAGAGACAGAUGGGCCGAGGUGGAGAAAUCAGCCAGCUGAAAGCAGUCCCAGUCCUAAACCACCUCCUUGUGCUUUGGGACAGCUCCAUCACGGCGUUAAACAUGUUCUCUCUGGAGCCCAUAGCAGCCCUGAAGAAGCUCCAGAACGUUUCUCUGUUUCGCCUUGGUGAACCCGUGGUUCACGCGCAGCAGGUUUCCGUACAGCUCUUCACUGCCUCCACCAAACGGCGAGCAUUGAGCAUAUACAAGGUGUGUGUUGACAGAUGGGAGUGUGUAGGGAACGUGGCUCUGGCUCAGGACCCUGUGGCUUUGGCUGUGCGUGGGACUUGCCUGUGCAUAGCCACGAGUGACAGAUACAUCCUCCAGGAUUAUCAGACUCAGAGCGUUCUCGAACUUUUCACACAUAACCUGAGAAGGCAAAAUGUUCUCGCGAAGGAGAGCGUGAAAGGAGAGUUUCUUCUCAACUGCCCAGGGAACUUGGGCAUGUUUGUGAUGAAUAGUGGUAUAUCCCAGCGUCCUCCUGUGCCGUUUCCUGAUGGAGUAUUGGAUGCAGUAGUUCACUUCCCAUAUGUGUUGGUGCUGCAAAGUAAAUCGAUCCAAGCCUACAGCAUGUUGGACCAGCAGCUCAAACAAACCGUUCCCCUAAACAGCGCCAAAUCGCUCCUCUCCACCACAGACGCCGUGUUUGUAGUCGAGGAGAGGGAGAUUCACCGUCUGUCACAGAGUCCACUGGAGGUUCAAAUCCGAAAGCUGCUCGAACUUGAGCGAGUGAACGAAGCACACACGCUGCUGGAAGGAGUUCAGUCUAUUCUGCCUGAAGACUCUUACAAGAAUCUCCACAGCAGUAUAAUUUGUACCUCCGGAUGGAUUAAUUUUUACAGAGAAGCGUUUCUCGAGGCCAAAGAACUUUUCAUUAAAGGUGAUUUGGACCCAAGGGAACUCAUUAGCCUUUACCCAGGCAUGACUGUCAUCAGUGACGGCUUUAAACCUCAGCCUCCAACCGUAAGCAAUGCUAAAGACAUGGAGAAGCUGAAUAAUGAAGCCCAGCCAGAGUUUCAGAAGUAUCUGAUCUUCCUGUGCCUUUAUUUAAAUGCGAUCCGGAGGACCGAUCUGGGCCAAAACUUCCUUCAGGACAUCGAUACUACCCUGCUUAAAGUUUACUUAACGCUCGGAUAUUUUGAUAACCUGAACCAGCUUGUGUCUUGUCAUAAUGAUUGUGUGCUGGAGAUGUGCGUGCCAGAUCUGAAACAUCAGAAAAGAUUUUUCGCCAUCGGACUGCUCUAUCAAAGCAAGGGUCAACAUUUAGAUGCAAUUCAGACCUGGGUGUGGAUGGUGGAUGAUGACAGUGUGGACUCCUCUGAGCCAAAUGUUCUUCUGCACAUUGUAAAAACUCUCUCACAGUUGAAAGAGAAAUCUAUCAUCAUGAAGUUUAUAGAGUGGGCUCUUCAAAAAGACCAAAAGGUCGGGGUAUUAAUCUUCACAGAGAGAAAUCCAGGCGACCAAGGCACAUUUAAACCCCAAGAAGUGCUUUCCAUUUUAAUGAAUUAUCCAGUUGCUUUAGUUUCCUAUUUGGAUUUUUUGAUCAACGAGCAGCAAAGUCAGAUGGAGAAACACCACACUCUGCUGGCCAACACAUACGCUGCUCUGAUCCUUCAACCUGACCGAGAGAUGCAGAAUCAUGACACAAACAUGGAGGAAAUAAGGGAAAAAAUGCAGCAGUUCCUGUGGCAAUCCUCGUUCUAUGACGCUGAAUCUGUAUACGCCAAAAUACAGUCAUCUGUGCUCCAUGUUGAGAAAGCGAUCGUGCUCGGGAGAAUCGGGGAACACAAAAAGGCCCUGCGGCUUCUUGUCGAUGAAGAACGAGAUGACAAAGCAGCAGAAAAUUACUGCUGGAGGACCUCUGCUGGACGAAACCGGGACUUCAUGCAGCAGCUCUUCAGCUGGUUGCUUCAGGUUUACCUCGAAUCCGGACCUCACUUUUCUAUGGCGGUGGAUCUCCUGAACCAAAACGCUACCGCUUUUAAUCUACUCUGGGUAUUGGAAGUGCUUCCUGGCUCCUGGUCCAUGCAGCUGAUCAUGCGUUUCCUGUGCGAGGCAGUGAGAGCGAUGACACAUGACAGGAGGAUGAAAGGCCUGGAGAAGAGUCUAGUCAGGAUGGACAACCUCAGACAGAGACAUGCCUGGAUGGAAGCAACACAAGGAAUGGUCAGGAUGGACAGAACCCGGGUGUGCCAUUCUUGCGGGAGGCCGUUCACUGGGCCUGAAUUUCAGCGCUGGUCUACUGGGGAACUUGUUCACACACACUGCUACAGUACAAACAACAGCUCGUAAAAAUGGGUGUCAGUUUGUAUCCUUUGCUGAAACUGUACUGCAAAAGUUUACCACAUGCAUAUAAAAUAAACUACUGAGGACAAAGCCUUUAAUAAGUAAUACAUAAACUGGUUAUAAAGCUGUACUGGAGGAUUUUGUUAAAGCAAGUAUAUUUUUUGUCUGGUAUGGAAGAAAUAAGAACCGAAGCAUGGCUGCCUCACAGCUCGGGAGUCUGAUAUUGUUCUCCACAUGUCCCUGUGGAUUUGCCCUCUGCCUCCGACCAAAAAAUGCAAAUAAAAUCUUCGAUGUUCAGUGA